AUAGUGGAUUAGCUGCAAUACUAACAGCUAACUGGCGGCAAUAACUGUAUUUCCGAGCUGAAUUAAUCACUGUUUUUAAUAACAGAUUGAUUUCUUAGUGCUGGUUAGAGUGUGUAGGGUCUGUGGUUUGAUAUUUGAUGUGGAUUAUGGCUGUAGUUCACUUUAGUAAGUUAAUUUAUACCUUUACAACACCAGAAUGCAGCUAACGGUCCAAUGCUAGCUAGGCUAACAGACGGCAGAUGUUAAUGGAGAAGGCUAACGGCUAACUGGCGUUGUUAAAUAUUCAACACAGUAUAAAAAGGAGAAAAUACCCCUUUCACCUCUAAUGCAGAAACGAAAGGGCGCAAAACUGUUUGUUCCUGCUGGAAGUUCAGUGCAGUGCUCUCGGGGUAAAGUGGGAAAGUCUCUCUACCAGGCUUUACCAGAAUUCAGCCUACAACCGAAACUGCCCCCUUGGAGCUACCACAGCCUGCACUAUAAACACCUGAGGACGUUUUUCAAAAACCCGGCGAAGAAGAAGCAUCUUGUUGACAGGGGCUUAAUUACUGAGGAUGGACAAGUGCUGUGCUCCAUUAGGGAGUUUAACCAGUACAUAGACUAUCUAAAGACCAUCGACUCAGAAUGGGACCAAGCUCUUCAAAAACAGGAAACACCAGAAAUCACCCGGACAAUCCCCAGCAUUCAGGUGACCUGCAUAAAGACGCAGCCGGAGAAGAAGGAGCAGCACAUUAAACCAGGCUCAAAAGAUCAGACACAAACAUUAGAUUCAUCUGUACUUACAGUAGAACCUGAUGAUGACUGUGUGAGUAUUUUGAGUCCCAAUUUAUUGCAGAGAUCUGAGGAGCUGAAGCUGAUAGACCUGGAGGAGGAAGAGCAGGAGGAGAGCCUUCAGAUCGAGGCCGAUGUUUCAGUUGAGACAUCCAUCAAGAAGAAAAUUAACUUUUCAGGACUAAUGGAGAAACCAAUAGGCACAAAACUGUUGGUGCCUGAAGGGUGUUCCAUGCAGUACUACCGGGGUAAAGUUGGAAAGAGUCUCUAUCAGAGUGCACCAGGAUUCGAUCUGAGAGACCCUCACAUGCAACAGAACCCCUGGAAAUACUCCUGUCUGCAUGAUAAACAUCUAAAGAAGUUCUUCAACAAGCCUGGGAGAAGGAAGCAGCUCAUUAAACAGGGCUUGAUUACGGAGGAUGGACAUGUGGCGUGCUCCCUUAAGGAGUUUAACCAGUAUGCAGACUACCAGAAGUACAUCAAGCCAAAACAGCAAGAGCUUCUUCUCCCAGACGUGAGGGUGUCUCUACCACCUGUGGAGGAAGUUGAUACCUGCACUCUCAGGUUGGAGGUCACCUCACCCAAAUCUGUAACAACAGAGGAACCUUCAAAGGAUGACAUCCCAGUUGGCCCAAAAAAGAUCAAAGACCUGGCCUUCUUCAAGAAAGCAUGGAAAGCAGUGAAACGGGCCGUUACCAGGAGAAGCCCCAAGAUUUCUCCUGACAGCUAAAUUUCCCCAUUUUCACCCUGUUUCUAUUUUUUACUUUCUAUCUUCUAUCACUUCUUUUCUGUAUUAAUGAAAUGAUUUGGUCAGUGUAAUCCAGUAGGCUAAUUUAUAAGCUGAGCUCCAUCGUUACCGAUGUUGCGCUUCUAGUAUAACAGAGUUUUAGUGCAGUUGACCAAAAUAACCAUAGUGGUCACUGUCUAAUGUCUAAUUGGCUGUUUAGUAUUAACUGACUAUUUCAGCUCCAUCAUUAUAGAUGUUGAGCGUUUGUAUAGAUUUAAUUCAGCCCACAGAUUUAAUUAAAACAUAAAGAUUCAUGCAUAGAUUUAAUUCGGGAGCUAAACAACAAAAGUGGUCACUGUCUGUUGUCUCGUUGACUGCUCAGUAUUUACUGAAAAUCUAAGCUCCAUCUAUAUAGAUGUUGGGUUAAUUUAUAUCAGUAUAUUUGUGCAGCACACUGAGCAGCAGACAUCCCACUUCUCCCGUGACUUCCCGUGAUUCUAGCGAACAUUGAUAACAGCCCCCUGAUGCCUCCAAAUCAUCUAUAAUUUGAGUAAGAGAUGCAGCUAAAAGUAAAAAUGAUUGGCUGCUGCUUGUAUUUAGAAUUAUCACUGAGCUCUGUGAGCAUGAUUUAGGCUCCAGAGCUAAUAUUAAAUUAAGUUUAGAGGGGAUAUCUGGGCACAGGUAAAUUCAUUAUAUAUUGUAUAAGUAAUGUAGAUGAUUUGCAGGCAUCAGGGAGCCACUAUAUAAAAACACUGUAUAUGUGGUCUUAAAGUGACGUCAUAUCAUGAAUUAGUCAUAUGUGGUUUAGACCAGAGGAGGAUGGGUCCCCCUUGUGAAGCCUGGUUCCUCCUGAGGUUUCUUCCUACAGGGGAGUUUUUUCUCACCGCUGUCGCCUCGUGCUUGCUCACUUGGGGUUUUGUAAAAAUCACUAGACUAAUAAACUUGAUGUGACGUCACUUUAGAGAAACCACAUAACAGUGAACUUAGCCCUGACCAAAUCAUUUCAUUAUAUACUGAUUCUUUACCCUCCCCCCCAACAAAAAAAAUUCAAUCAAAUAAUUUAAAUUUUUAUUUCUAAUAAAAUUCGGAAAUUGAGAAA